AGGCUGCUUUUGCCGGAACAGUUCUUUCAGCAAUUUCAAGUCCUUUCCAGAAGAAGAUCGUGGACAUUGGACUCAGCUGCGGAGGAAUUCUCAUGCCAGAAAUGACUGUUCAGAUGAGAGAGGAGAUUCUGGAAUUCCAUAAUCGGCAUCGAGCCAACCUAGGUUCUGGAAUCGUUUCUAGCAAUUCCAGGAAAAUGCCACCAGCAUCGAAUAUGUAUAAGCUGAGUUGGUCUUGUCUGCUAGAAAGGAAGGCCCAGAGCUUCUUGAGAUUAGGCGAUCCAAUAACUAAGAAUACUCUGGAGGUGCUCCUGCCCAGUACGCUCAAUCAAUAUUCAAAGUGGCUCUGCUCGCAGACCCCGACAACUUAUGAUAAUUUUGUGGAACCUGCACUUACUCAGUGGUGGAAUAAAGUCAAAGAUCAAACAGGAUUGCUUUAUAACGAGACUACCGCAUCCUUUGGAAACAUGGCGUACGACAGGGCCACCGAAGUGGGUUGCAGCGUAAGAAAGCACGGCAAUACUUCUUACUUGAUUUGCAUCUACGAUUUAGGACCGGAAACUCCGUUGGAUCUAAUCUAUGAAUCAGGGCAAAAGUGCCAAUGCAAAGCCUAUCCGAACUCAACGUGCUCCGCGUUAGACAGCCUGUGCAUCAAGAACUAA